AUGAAAAAACCAAUAGAUAAGGCACCAACUGGGAAAAUGUUGUUUGGUGAGGACCUGGAUACUAGAUGCAAGAAUACUAAAGAAGCGAAAAAGUCAGGGAGUGAAUUGAAGAGAAAGACGAACAGUUUUAAUAAAGGUUCUUUAAACGACAAGCGCCUUCCAGCACAAAUGAGAAAAAAAGUUACCUGGAACUCCUGGAAGACGAACUACCGAAACAGCGCAAUGCUACCAAUGCGCACCCCGCCAAGAAGCAAUACAACAGCGAUUGACAGAAAUCAAGGAGAUCGACGGAGAAGAAGGAAAAGGUUCAAUUCGACAAAAAUAAUACGAGGAUUUUCUGCUCGACCAUGGAGGAAUACCAGAAAGUCAGAAAAAAACUUUAGAGAAGAUGACCAAUUGGAAUUCUUCACCUACACCACUGCAGAGGAAAAAAACAAGAAAAUGGUCAUGAAAGCUCUGGAUAUCGAGCAAACGAUCCAUCUUUUCAAAAAUGACAACCACCUCAACAUCAUAGAGAUGAUCCGCACCAUGAUGAUGUCCGAUAGAACGAAAAAAAUUAUGGCGUUAGCAUUGGGAGGGAGAGGAAAAAGUGAAAAUGAAUUUAAAGACAGUGACACAAAUAGAACAAAAAACAAUAGUGAAUUGGCAUUGGGAGGGGAAGAAGAAAGUGCAAACAAACUUAUAGAAAGUGACACAAAUGGAACAAAAAACAAUAUUGAAUUGGGAGGGCAAGAAGGAAGUGCAAAGAAAUUUAUAGAAAGUGACACAAUUGGAACAAAAAACAAUAUUGAAUUGGCAUUGGGAGGGCAAGAAGAAAGUGCAAACAAAUUUAUAGAAAGUGACACAAAUGGAACAAAAAACAAUAUUGAAUUGGCAUGGGAAGGGCAAGAAGAAAGUGCAAAUUCAUUCAUAGAAAAUGACACAAAUUUUAAUAUUCUGACAUCUAGUCUUGACCUCGGACUGUCACAGAGUCUAAAAGAUGACUUAGACAUCGAUAUACUUGAUGCAAAUGGGUCAAUUUCCCUAACAAUAUUAGGAAAAAAUGAAGAAAACCAAAGCGGUAUUAUUUUCGAGCCUUCUUCUCAUAAUAAUGUAGCUACAGUGCCUGAGCCUGGAGUAAGGUCAUCUUCUGAGUCCAGCACUGAUGGUUCAGAAUUUAUUCCUGAAGAAGAAAUGAAUGCUAUUAAUUCAGACACAAGCCUAGAAUCAGAGACCAAUACUGAAGAAAGCGACAAGAACGAAGAAACAGUUAUUGACGAGUGUCGUACUUAUAACAUAAGAAAACGGAAAAAAGUUAAUAAAAGGCAGACACAAAAGGUAAAACGAAACAGAGGUGAAAAAUAUGUGACAUCCAAAGGAUUAGAGAAAAAAGAGAGACAAGUUAAGCCGCACACUUGCUUGAUAGGGAAGUGUCCGAAUAAGUGCAGAGACUUUGAUGAAGAAACCAGAGCAAGCUUAUUUAAAACUUUUUGGGCUUUACCUUACCAGGGACAACGCGACUUUAUUGCAUCUAAUAUAACGGUUCGAGAGGUGAAAAGACGCCGUGUUGGCAACGCAGAAAGUAGAAAAGACUUUACAAGAGGCUACUAUUUACUUUUAUUGAAUGAAAGAGUAAAAGUUUGCCGAAAAUUUUUCAUGAAUACUUUGGACGUUACUGAUAAGCGAGCAGAUAAGCUUCUUCGGUAUACAGAACUUCACCGGAAUGAAAUAGUCUCAAUGUCUCAAGCAAAAAAAAACAACGAAAUUUCUGAAUCCGCCGGGAAGGAACCUCAACCAGGCUGUAGUUAUCAAAAUACGGAUAUCGCGUCUUGUUCUCCUAAUUUUGACAAUGAUGAGGAUGAGGAUCAAUUAAUGGAAACGGAUAAUGUUGAUGUUGAUGUUGAGUCGGAAGCAGAGCGAGCUAUCGAUAUUAUGCCGACUUCAGCAGCCAAAAAACAAGGGCCUUCAGGAUCGAAAAAAAAAGACAAAAAAAAAUUUGUCGCAUCCUGGUGUCAAAUGCCUAUUUUUCAUGAAUUCGCCUUCUGCAAAGUGUGCCAAAUGGAUAUAGUUGCUCAUAAAAGUGUUCUUGUAAGCCACUCAAAAACUGAAAAACAUAAAUUAAAUUAUCUUCGAGGAGCUAAAAAUACAAAAAUCGACGACCUUUUUAAGGGGAAAACUGCAAAUGACGUAUCGGUUAAAAUAGCUGAAUUGAAACUAUGUUCAAUGUUGGCAACUAAUGAUCUUUCGUUUUUAUUAAUGGACACAUUAACUCCGCUGCUAAAAAAUGUCUUUCCAGAUUCCAAAAUUGCUCAAGACAUUCAAUUGAAGAGAACAAAAGCAACCGCAGUGUGCAAAAGUUUAGGGGAUAAUUUUCUUUUUGAUCUAUAUUCAAAAAUUAAAGACCCUGGAUCAUUUUUCUCAAUAAUAAUGGACGAAACAACGGAUAUUUCCGUUAAAAAACAAUGUGCUUUCACUGUCAUCUAUUUUGAUAAUAUUGAUAAUAAACCAAAAACUAGAUUUUUUGAUUUAGUAGAACCACAAGGUUCAUCUGCUGUGGAACUUUUCACAGCAUUGAAAGAAUCUGUUGUGUCGAAAAAUAUUCCUUUUUCCAAUUUAGUAGGAUUCUCAUCGGAUACUACAAAUGCCAUGGUUGGUGAAUACAAUUCUGUGUUCUCUCAUUUAAAAGAAGAAUUGCCCAGCAUUGUAUGCAUAAGGUGCUCUUGUCAUAUGGCACAUCUGGCCACCUCCAAGGCAUGUCUCCAGCUUCCUAGGCGUGUAGAGGACUUAUUGCGAAACAUCGGGAGUCAUUUCAAUAGGAGCGCCUUCCGAAGGCAAAAAUUUGAAGAGUUCCAACAUUUCUUCUAA